AUGCGCCCCUUGAUCUGGAAAAUUCAACCCCCGCCAUUUCAGAAAGCCGGAAGACGAAACACAUUCCAUAUAUCGGCCGACUUUGCUCUUUUCGUCAACAACAUUCUGGAGGAAAGGGACCAAGGUUACAAUGACGUACUGAAACACCACUUCUUCAUUUUUCUUUCGUUUCGACAUAUCUUGAAUGCUGACAUCGACUUCUUGGGACGCAAAAGCAAUCCCGAUUCACAGACCGUAGAGCUAGGUCCCGAAUUUUUGGAUACCAUCACGGUCCAAGGCCGCGAGUAUCACAAAUAUUCGAUUGACCACCGUACAUAUUUCGGACCUGUCGACGACGAAGAAGCACAACGUCUCGAUAGCCAACAGCAAGUCUUCCAGAGGCUUUUUGAUGACCGCCUGAUAUUCCCUCCAAUCCAACGACUUCAAAGAGUGUUGGAUUGCGGACAUGGUGCUGCGUCUUGGGCUGUAGAUGUUGCUGAACAAUACCCAGAUUGCGAAGUCACCGGCAUCGACAUUGCCCCGCACAUGAGCCCAGAUGAUGUUCCGGAUAACCUCUGGCUACAGGUGGAUGACUUGAACCGACCAUUCACAUUUCCUUCCAACCACUUCGAUCUUGUACACUCCCGACUUCUUGCGACCGGCAUCCAUCGUCGUCGGUGGCCAUCCUAUGUUCGAGACAUCCUCAGAGUCUUGAAGCCCGGCGGAUGGGUUCAAAUGGUCGAAAUAUAUUACAAUGUCCAAUCCGAUAACGGUGCCAUCACCGAUGAACAUGCUCUGAGACGGUGGAGUACCCAGUAUAUGCGUGCCCUAGAGGAUAGAAAGGAUCUCCGAGUCGGAUCAAAGUUGCAAAACUAUCUGACCGGACUAGGAUUGGUGGAGGUUGACGCAAAAAUGAUUCCUCUGCCUCUCUCGGGGUGGUCGAACGGUUAG